GCCUUCAGACUUCAGUGUUCAAAGGCGUCACUCAGUUCACUUUCAUGGUUCUCAAAGCUGCUUCUCUUUCAGCCCGAGCCUGAGGGCGCACAGCGCUUUCACCUGUGGGAAGCGCUGCGCUUGUGGCUGCGAUUGCAUUCCCAGAGGUUCAAUAGGUCUAGAUUGCGGAAGUAGGAUUGAGGUCAGCUAGGUGGAGAUUCAUGAGGCUGCCAAACUUUAGCUGAUCUCUGUAGUGAGCGAUACUGAGAGUACCACAACCAAGUAGCAAUCAUGAAUCGGGUUUUGGGGAGAUUGAGGUCGGUAGACUUCUACAGGCGGAUCCCUAGGGAUUUGACUGAGGCCACCCUUGCUGGAGGCACCCUGUCCGUUGUUGCCAGCAUCGCAAUGGUGCUGCUGUUUGGGAUGGAGCUCCAGGCUUAUCUUACAACGUCAGCCACGACCACUGUCAUAAUUGACAGGAGUAGGGACGGGGAUGUCAUGCGCAUCAACUUCAACUUCAGCUUCCCUGCGCUCUCGUGCGAGUUUGCCUCGGUUGAUGUCAGCGACGUCCUAGGAACGCACCGCAUAAACCUGUCCAAGACCGUCAGGAAGUUCCCAAUCGACCAUGCUGGGAGGAUCACUGGGCCUGAGUUCCAUCACAUCGCGCAUACGGUCCGGGAGCCAGCGCACGACGACCCGGCCCCUGAUCCGAUUGACGAGGGUGCCGCCGAGAUGGAGGCCAAGGAGCGGCAGCUAGCAGAAGGGGGGCAGCCACCGGAAGGGGAUCCCCCUCCGAUCAAGGACCCCGGGGGUGCCCUUCCUCUCAGCGAAGCCACAUUCGACACCAUCACCAAAGAGUCCUUCCCCAUCGUGAUGGUCAACUUCUUCGCACCCUGGUGCCCCUGGAGUCAGAGGCUGGAGCCAGUCUGGGAAGCUUCUGCAAAGGCGAUGUUGAAGAAGUACGAUGUUGAUGUCAACCCGCAGAUCCUGCUUGCCAAGGUGGACUGCACAGUUGAAGUCGCCCUUUGUCGGAAGCACCACGUGCAAGGUUUCCCGUCCAUCCGCAUCUUCCGCUCCGGCCAGGACGUCCGAGCGGCACAGGGGCACCACGAUCACGAGUCCUACUAUGGAGACCGAACGGAGGCUGCGAUUACGCAGUUCGCCGACGACCUGGCCACCGGCCUCCAGCAGCGCGCGCAUGCGCUCCCAGGCGCGACCGCCCAGCAGGUCGUUCCCCCCUGGAUGGGCAAGGACGGGCGCGCUCUGCGCGUGGUCGCGAAAGCGCCCCAGAGCUCCGGGUGCCAGAUCGAGGGGUUCGUGCUCGUGAAGAAGGUCCCUGGGAAUCUGCAGGUCGCGGCCGUUUCCGCGGGCCACUCGUUCGACCCAGCCACGAUGAACAUGAGCCACAGCGUCAACUCGUUCUCGUUUGGGCGCAAGCCGACGCUGAAGCAGUACCACGAGAUCGACCGCAUCUGGAGCCACCAUCCGAGCGCCGGGGAGGACCGCCUAACCGGGCGCUACUUCCACUCGCACAGCGACAACCUGACGCACGAGCACUACCUGCAAGUAGUGCUGACGUCAGUGGAGCCGCUCAAGCUGCCGGCGCACCAGUACGUGCAGAGCUACGACUACACGGCGCACAGCAACGUUUUCAACUCGGCGGCGGUCCCGGUGGCGAAGUUCCAUUACGAGCUGUCCCCCAUGCAAGUCGUGAUCACGGAAAACAGCCGGUCGUUCUCGCACUUCAUCACGAACGUGUGCGCCAUCAUCGGAGGAGUGUUUACGGUUGCUGGAAUCGUUGAUGGGAUCCUGUUCCAAGCAGCUAGUGCAAUCAAGAAGGUACAACUUGGGAAACAGUUUUGAGAAACAGUGCCCUCGAAGAAACUUCGAUAAAUUGCCCUUUAUCAUUGUGGUUUGUCUUGAGUGUAUGAACACCGACGUUGCAGUCUGUUACGAACAAUUGCAAACCUCUUUUAAUCUUGAUCCGCAUAUGGGGAGGAUGGCCAAGUUGCGAACAUGCACGCGGUGAUGGUGUCCGCAAAUAUCUGGAU